GCUAUGAUCCGUGUGCGGGCGACAGGGAUUCCGGCGCCGCCUCUGCUGCCGCCACUGCUGAUGCUGUCGCUGUCGCUGCUGCUGCUGUUGCUUUCACCGACUGCACAGGGAGACUGCGGCCCGCCUCCAGACAUUCCUAAUGCCACCCCAGACUUGAGUAGACACACCACAUUUGCCAAGAACACCAAGGUGACAUAUUCAUGUAAUAAGGGCUAUAAACAAAUUCCAGGGAAGUCAAACAUAGUGGUCUGUCUCGGAACUGGAGAAUGGUCUGGCAACGAAACAUUCUGUAAUAAAACAUGUAAUGGUCCACAAAGGGUAAAGUUUGCAACUCUCAAACAAGAGUAUAUCAGUGUGAACUUUUUCCCAAUUGGUACCACUGUGGAAUAUAAGUGUCGGCCAGGAUUUGUAAAAGUCCCUUCAGUCUCAGCAAAAUCAACUUGCCUUGAGGAAUUAGUAUGGUCUCCAGUUGGUGAAUUUUGUAAAAAAAAAGCAUGCCACAAUCCUGGAGAACUGCAAAAUGGUCACAUUACCAUAUUAACUGAUAUUUUAUUUGGUGCAGAAAUAAGCUUCUCAUGUGAUGAAGGGUACAGGCUAGUUGGUGUAACCUCCACUUUCUGUACUCUUUCGGUAGGAAGAGAUACAGAAAAUCCUACUGUUGACUGGGAGGAUGCAUUUCCGGAAUGCAAAGAAAUUAUUUGUCCAGGACCACCAGAUAUCAACAAUGGAAAAAUUCAAGAGGAAAGUGACUCUUAUAAAUUUAAUCAGGUGGUCACCUAUUCAUGUGCUGAAGGCUUCACUCUGGUUGGAAAUACUAACAUUGUUUGUAUUGAGAAGUCUGAUCAUGGAGAAUGGAGUGGUCCACCACCCAAGUGUAUAGAGAAAUCCAAGAUCACAACUAAGAAACCAACAGUUAAUGUUCCAAGAAUCCCCUCAACGACUCAGAAAUCCACCGUAGAUGUUUCAAGUACCAAAAUCCCACCAACGCCUCAGAAACCCACUACAGUUAUAGUUCCAAGUACAAGAAUCCCAGCAACACCUGCAAAAACCACUACAGUUUUAGUUCCAGCAACACAGAAUGUACCUGCUAUCAAGACAACGGUACAUCAUCCAACAAGAACAUCUAAAGACAAAGGAGAGUCUAACUCAGGUGUUGACCGUUUUGUAUAUGGACAUACAUGUUUAAUAACCUUGACAGUUUUGCAUGCGAUGCUAUUACUCAUUGGCUAGUUGAUGUAGCCAACGAAGAGUUAAGAAGAAAGUAUAUACAACUACUGAGAAUACUUCUAGUUUGUUAGAAUGUCCAGGAAGAAUGGGUACAAUAAAUUUAAUAGUGUUGUUUGUUCUGUAUAUGCUGUCAUUGUCUUCAAGGUCUGUUAGAAAUGUUAACAAAGCAAGAAGGAGUUUGUCUGAGAUAAUAUUCUUGAUGCAUAUUCUUGAAAAUAUUUAAAAACUAGACAAAUCACAACAUUGUAUGGUGUCUUUUUUAAAAAGUGUGGGUAAGUGUAGAAAAUUUUUAGGCUAGGUUGGUAAUAUGGGGAGAGGGAAAUCAUGAUUUUUUUGGCUAGAUGUAUCCUGUUAGUCUAGCUUACAAUGAAAAUAGGAAGCUAAUGAUUCUGAGUAGACUGCAAAAGAUAAACUGAGUCUCCAAAUGAAAUUUCAUUUCUUGUAAGCAGAAUUGCCACAGAGGUGGAACAUUCUAACUUAACCCUUGACCUGAAGGCGUUUUCAUUUCUACUCUCCAUGAAAAUGAGAUGGCAGAAUGUUUUAAAGGAAAAGCAUGCUAGCAAACUAGCAGUGGGAUGGGAAAAUAGCUCACUUGGCACAGUGCUUGCCCCAGGAGCCUAAAUUGCUGGGCUCCUUCCUUAGCACACAUUUAUAAUCCUAGUACUUCGGAGAUAACGGUAGGAAGAUGAGAAAUUUAAGGUCAUUCUGAGUUACCUAGUGAGUUUCAGGCCACAUUGGAAUACCUGAGACUCUGUAGUUACGAACAAACAAACAUCAUGGAUGGAUGGAUGGAUAGAGAUAGAUAGGUAGAUAGAUAGAUAGAUAGAUAGAUAGAUAGAUAGAUAUGAGAAAUGUUGAGCCUUUUGACUUAGUUGAUGGCAAGUGAAGAUGAUGUCUUUGGAUACCACCUCUAUUAAUCCACCUUUAAGCACACAGAUCUGAGUCAGGAAUAGUUACCUGCUUUUAAGAAUGGUAUGCUGCAGUUUGCUCUCAGGGAAAUCUUGUUUUGUUUUCACCAGUAAAAAUGCCUUAGGAAGGUGUCUUCAUUGACUGGUCAUUUGUAUAAUAGUGUCCAGUGGUAUUGUAACAGAUUUUGUACUUCUGACAUAACAUGUUCAUAGCCAAAUUGUAAAUCUUAUUCUUUUGUAACAUUAAGAUAAACCUAUUUAUAUUUAUUUAUAUCAGUAAACAUUUUUGGU